UUUGAAAUUCUUUUCCUUUUCUUUUCUUUUCUUUUCUUUUCUUCUUCAACCUUCAUUCAUUCAUUCAUUCACUUCAAACCCAACCUAACUCUUUUUCUUUCUUUCAGAGAGAGAGAGAGAGAGAGUCCUUCCUAUAUCGCUGCUCACUCUUCAAUCAUGGCAAAUGCAGCAUCAGGUAUGGCGGUCCAUGAUGACUGCAAGUUACGGUUUGUGGAACUUAAGGCAAAAAGGACACACAGGUUCAUAAUUUAUAAGAUUGAGGAGAAGCAGAAGCAAGUCAUUGUGGAGAAGCUUGGUGAGCCUGCCCAAGGCUAUGAGGAUUUUGCUGCUUGCCUUCCUGCUGAUGAGUGUCGUUAUGCUGUGUAUGAUUUUGAGUUUCUGACAGAAGGGAAUGUCCCCAAAAGCAGGAUUUUCUUCGUUGCAUGGUCCCCUGACACAUCAAGGGUUCGAAGCAAGAUGAUUUAUGCUAGCUCCAAAGAUAGAUUCAAGAGGGAGCUGGAUGGGAUUCAAAUAGAGUUGCAAGCAACUGAUCCUACUGAGGUGGGUCUUGACGUGUUCAAAAGCCGUGUGAACUAAAUGAUCAUGAAUAGCAGCAGCCUUUGUGCCCUUGUGCUUGAUUAUUAUUAUGGAAAUUUCUAGUUUGUGGAUGGUCAUUUGGGACAGUUAUGGUCUCAAUUUGCCAAGUUAGUGUCUAUGGCACCUGGAGUGUAUCUCAUGACUUAUACCUCCUUUAUGUUGAUGUGGCAUUUGAGUCUUAUGCUUACUUGUUGAAUUUGUAAAUGUUUUGUGUGAUGGUGUUCUUUAUAUGACUUCAUUUGGGCAAUAUAUCCUCUCUUUUAUGUGGA